AUGUCCCGGACCCCACCGCAGAGGAAGGUGCAUCACGGCCGCGAGAAGGCCGGGGACAGCACUACAGAGCAGACAAAGGGCGCCGCCAUGUUAGAGUCGGGCGGAACCGACCUCGCAGGCUUCCCGGCAGCAACUUCCGGCGCAUGCGCAGCGUCCUCGCUAGCCCUAGAAAGCCCCAGGCACAGGCUCCGGAAGUGUCCCUGGAUCCAGGAACCAAAGGCAGCCCCUGGGCUCCAAAGCUCAGCACACAGAACAGUGCUCUCCGGAGACAGUUUGGACACGUUGCUGAACUGCCUGAUGGACAUGGCUCUUGAGGUGGGCUACUGCAGGGACCUGAGCCACGUCACCGCCUUGUUCCUCCUUUAUCUGCCUGAGGAGGACAUAUUCUGGGCACUGGCCCAGCUGCUGGCUGCUGAGAGGCACUCCCUCUCGGGAUUCCACAGCCCAAAUAUCACAAGGGUCCAGGGACUCCAAGACCACCAGGAACAUGUGGCACCCACGUCAUACCGCAAGACCAUGAGGCACGCAGACAAGGAAGAGCUACGUGUUCAGGGUUUCUCAUUAGGUUGGUUUCUUUGGAGCUUGAUCGAUGGGAUCUCUCUCGGGCUCACCCUGAGCCUUUGGGACGUGUAUUUGUUAGAAGUGGAACAGGUGUUGAUGCCAAUGGCACUCACUGUCUUUGAGGUUCAGAGGAGUAAGUCCACGUGUGCCCAGUGGGGUCUGGGGAGCACAGGGGCCCUGGAUGACGAUGCAGUUCUCAGACACCCUCGGACCUUUAUGAGGAAACUAACAAGGAAGCGUGGGGACCUGCCACCCCCAGAUGGGCUGCAGUACCAGGUCCCCUCCCGAGUCACCCUCUGGGGCAUGACUGGUAUGUCUGGAAGGAGUCAGUGUGGCACCCCGCAAGCUGCACCACAGCCCCAGACACCUCGGAAAAUCCUGUUCAAUGGGGAAGCCGGUCCCAUCAAGGCCACGAGAGAGAAAGGGGACCCUGGCACUGCGGAGCUCUGCACUGUCACAAUUCACCUAGCAGAAGCCGGACGACAUCCCGAAGCCUCACAGUCACUGCCGCAGCCGCAGCAUGCGCCCCCACCACGUGCCUUCCAGCUGCCAGUGCAGGCUUUCCUGACAGCCCGGUGCCCUGCAGCCCUCGCCUCAGCAGCUCAGACUCGGAAGAUGGAACACACCAGUCCCCAGAUCACAAAGCCAACCAUGGCCAGCCGCUCCAGUGCCCCCGGGCCCACAACCAGUGUUCUGACUUCUGAUGACACCACUCAACAGGAAGACGCCUUCACUGCCCAAUGCGAAGGUUAUGGGGAGGACGUGGCAUCUUCAGCAGUGGGGAAGGGGUUGCACUGUGCCAGCCUCACCCUGGCCACUGUCUGCCCUAGUGACUUAGAGCCCAGCCUGGCCCCUCCUCCAGAGAUCCAGGACCACACAGGAGACAGCUGUGCAUCUCCCUGGACGUUGGGAAAGGCUGCCACAUUUCCCAGGGUCCUGGGAGAGGGACAGCUGUCUCGUGGAUUGUCCUUCUUCAUCUGUGUAUUGAGCACAUACUCUGUGCUGGACGCCCUCUAG